AUGGAACGGAGUAAAGGCUGGAGUUUGAUUCAGAAAUGUGUUCCGCGAAUAAUCGAAUACGGGCGAUCAGAGGGCAUCCUUCAGGUCAGGGAGAAUAAGGUUAGCCAUGUCCGAUUCAUUAGUUACAUCUUCAGACAGCCUUUCAUAUUACGGGAAUUGUAUUGGCCGCCCAAGAAGAGGCCCAUCAACAUUCCAAGGACAACAAGAACGGGGACAAGGUCAAUCUGCCAACCAAUGACAUCACCAUUAUGCAUGAAGCCAUUCCUUUUCUGCCAGUUCCAAUGGCCUUAGCCUGCCUUUUCCUCAACAUAUGUUUACCUGGAACAGGGACUAUAGUUAGUGGACUGAGUGCACUAUGUAUGGGCCAACCGAGGAUCAACUUCAAGGAGGGACGCAAGUUGAUGACGUUGAUUAUCAAUUUCUUGGUCGGGGUCAGUCAAUUCUUUACGAUUACCUUUCUGUUUGUGGGUUGGUUCUGGUCUAUUGCUUGGGGUGGCCUCAUUAUAAUCCAUUCAAGUAAGUCUAAUUGGAUUAAGUUACUAUUGUUUCGGCUUUUUUGUACGAUAGUUUUUGGUAACAUGAACUUUUUGAACUGGCGCUUCAUACAGCCUCUAUUAAUAAAAUGUUUGUAAUACAUUUUUUAACAUUACUUUUACUCUAGUGCAAUACCGGGAGGCUCUUCAACAACGUCGGCAAGAAGCUGUAGCUACCGCUGCCAUUGAGGCCUUAACGAAAGACUCAAUUCUUCACAGACGGGAUGUUAAAACGCUUGUGAAACAACACAAGGACAAGGUGCAGAGUCAGCGGGAAGGCACCAAAUGA